CAAUUAUAAAACAAAUCAGUAGGCAAGCGCGUCAUAAGCAUACCAAGAAGGAACGCUAUAAAAGCAUUGAUAUCCCACUUCCUACGCUAUAAGUGUUUCCUCGCAUUGCGCCAUCACCUUCCUUUACCAACCCACACACAAUGAAAAUCUCAUCAGCGAUCCUCACCGCUAUCUUAGCCAACACGGCCCUUGGCGCAACUGUCUUUCAAACCGUCUAUGUAACACAUACAGCUCCUAUGGUUACCCAUGUCGUAACUGUUGGCGAAAACCAACCUACCAUUGAGGCUACUCAUGUCGUGACCGUUAAUGCGGAACAGUCAACUUUUGAGGAUACCAUAGUCUCCAAGCCUGUCCCGGUGCCAACCACCUUGACUACCUUGUACAGAACCCCAACUACUACCUAUGCUAAGGUUGCUAGUACUGGACUUGUCAUCCCGAAAGAGAAUGCAGAACUUUGGGCCCUUCUAAUUGCUAAUUUUUACAAAUUUUUUGGUCCUCAUACCACAGCUGCCAUUUCUUCAACUUCGGUUCAAGCUAUCGCUGAUAUUUCCACCUCCACCCAAACAACUAUUUCAAUACCCAUUCAAGCACCUAUAGAAGAUACUUCAACGGUUAUCCCUGAGACGACCACUAUUUUGAACUUCGAAGAAGUAACUCCUCAGGGGAGUUCCUCUGACUCUUCUACGACCACCUCCUCCGCGGCUGCCUCUACUAAUGCUACCCCUACUCAAGCUGAUACCCCGGGGUCACUGAUUAUCUCAACCUCUACCCACGGAAAAGCACCAACAGCAACGGCGCCUAGCUCCCCCCAAACCACCACCUCUACCAUUGCCACCCCAGCGACGUCCAGUACCUCUGUCAGUGAGACUAGCGGUACUGCGUCUGCGGAUUCGGAUGACUUUGCUGCAGUCAUCUUGAAGGCUCAUAACGAGAAGCGUGCCUUGCACGGGGUGCCUGCCCUUACCUGGGACAACACUUUAGCUGACUACGCCAAGAACUAUGCUGACUCCACUUACAAGUGUAACGGUGAUUUGAAGCACAGUGGGGGGAAGUACGGUGAAAACUUAUCUGCUGGCUACUCUACCACUGGAGCUGUAGAUGCUUGGUAUGAUGAGGGGGCCAAUUACAACUAUAACUCUGAAGAUGACUACGACCAUUUCACCCAGCUUAUCUGGAAGAGCACUACCAAGCUUGGAUGUGCCUAUAUCGAUUGUGGGGGGGCCUGGGGUAGAUACAUCAUCUGCGAGUACGAUCCGCACGGUAACGUGUUCUCCCAGUUUCAGGCUAACGUUUUACCCCCUAUCUAAAGUGGGGAUAACGUAAUAGUUCCGGUUCCUUGCAUGUGUAUUGCCACUGUAUAAGCCUUGUAUGGCUCAUUGAAACAAAAUAUUUCACCUCAUACCCGAUCGCCGGUAAUAUGCGAGAGUAUGUAAGUCUAGAUAUGAAUGCAGUACGGUGAG